AUGGAGUCCAAUUCGAACCAACAACUUACAUGGGAUGGCUAUGUCGAUUGGAGAAACAGGCCUGCCAUCAGAGGUCGCCACGGCGGAAUGCUGGCCGCAUCCUUCGUCUUAGUUGUGGAGAUUCUGGAGAAUUUGGCAUUUUUGGCGAAUGCAAGCAACUUGGUUUUGUAUCUAUCAGAAUACAUGCAUCUUCCACUUUCUACAGCAGCCAAUUCCGUCACAAACUUCAUGGGAACCGCUUUCUUCCUCGCCCUUCUCGGCGGUUUCCUCUCCGAUGCAUUCUUUACUACCUAUCAAAUCUAUCUCUCAAGUGCCAUAAUCGAGUUUCUGGGGCUAAUAGUUCUGAUAAUCCAAGCAAAGUCAUCAUCCCUACAGCCUCCGGCAUGCAAAAUAGGAGACCCCUGCGAGGAAGUUGCAGGGGGUAAGGCUGCAAUUCUAUUCAUCGGAUUAUAUAUGGUGGCGCUCGGAGUAGGUGGCAUCAAGGGCUCCUUGCCAACUCAUGGGGCAGAGCAAUUGGACGAAGAAACAACGCAAGGUCGAAAGCAGAGAUCGACUUUCUUCAAUUACUUCGUCUUCUGUCUUUCUGUUGGAGGCCUAAUUGCGGUCACAUUUGUCGUCUGGAUUGAAGACAACAAAGGCUGGCAAUGGGGAUUCGCAGUUUCAACAUUGGCUAUCUUCUUGUCUAUCCCUGUUUUUCUUUCUGGGUCCUCUGUUUACAGGAAUAAGAUUCCGAAUGGUAGCCCAUUGACGACAGUUUCCAAGGUUGUUUUAGCGGCGGUUUUCAAUUCAAGCACGAAAAACGCCGUUGUAAACAUUGAACGAGAUUUAAUGGCUGUCAGAGACUCGUCGGAGAAGACGACGGCGUUGGAAGGCCUCAAGUUCUUAAACAGGGCGUCGGAGAACAAACCCUUCCAUUCAAUAUUUGAAUGCUCAAUUCAGGAAGUGGAAGAAGUCAAGACAGUCAUAAGAAUCCUCCCCAUUUUCGCCUCCACCAUCAUACUCAAUUGUUGUCUGGCUCAACUGUCCACUCUCUCCGUUCAACAGGCGGCCACCAUGGAUACGAAACUCGGUUCCUUCAAAGUACCACCUGCUUCACUCCCUGUCUUCCCCACAGUCUUCAUCAUGAUCCAGGCUCCCACCUACGACUAUUUCAUAGUCCCAUUCGCCAGAAAACUAACCAAAUCCGAAACGGGCAUCACUCAUCUCCAGCGAAUCGGGGUCGGACUAUUCCUCUCAAUCGUUUCCAUGACGAUCGCCGCUUUAGUUGAAACGAAGAGAAGGACGGUGGUGAUCGAAAACAACCUUCUAGACUCCCCUAAUCCAUUACCCAUCUCAUUUCUCUGGAUUUCCUUGCAAUACUUGUUUUUGGGUUCAGCCGAUCUUUUCACGUUAGCAGGACUGAUGGAAUUUUUCUUCACAGAGGCGCCUAUGAGAAUGAGAUCUUUAGCCACUUCACUGUCAUUUGCAUCUCUGGCCAUGGGUUACUAUUUGAGCAGUGUGAUCGUGACGGUGGUGAAUGCCAUCAGCAGAAGCAGCAGUGGAUCUAGUGCGUGGCUCUCAGGCCCCAACUUGAAUUAUUUCAGGCUAGACAAGUUCUAUUGGCUCAUGUGUGGAUUGAGUGGAUUCAAUUUCUUCAAUUACCUUUUCUGGGCUAACAGGUACAAGUACAGGCGCAAUGGAGUCUGACCAGUAAAACAUAAGCUAGAAACCAGGUGUAUGUAGUAUUUAUUUGUUUAAUUAAGGAGCUUGAAAACU